AUGGAUGGUCUCUUGGUGUUUCGAGAAUUCCUCCAGGGUGAAUUUAGUGAUGAAAAUCUGGAAUUCUGGCUGGCCUGUCAGAAGUACAAGGCUCUCACUGACGAGUCUCUGCAACGACUACGGGCGCAGGAAAUCUACGACGGCUUUAUUGCAUUCCAGUCCCAAAGGGAGGUCAAUCUCGACUGUGAGACCCGAAUCCAGACAGAGUCGCGACUAUCACAAGCUGAACCGGACUUAUUUGAUGCAAGUCAAAAACGCAUUGAGGCUCUGAUGGAGAAGGAUCCGUAUCGGCGCUUCCUGCGGUCAACACUUUACCAAAAUCUGAUAGGUUUUUGUCAAAAGCAGGAGGGAGUAGAUUCCACUCCUACUGACAGCAAGACAGUGGAACCCCGAUUCAUCCACUCUAAACCACCUAACUCCGCAUCUGUCCGCUAA